CUCUCCCUCCCCGCAGGGAUCGCUAUGCUGCCGUCCCGCCGUGUCAGCCGGGAGGGUGGCGGUGUGUCGGGGCUGCUUCUCCACGUGCUGCUCGCCGGCCUCGUGUGUGUCUGCGGGGCGCGGAGCCCGGCGGAGCCCGCCUGCCCCGCUGUGCUGGGACACAACGCGUGGCGCCCGGAGCGGAGCUGUGACGGGCAGCGGGCGGCUGACGGCAUCGGCCUGUGGGGCCUCAGCACGGGGAGACUGCGGGAUCCUUUUCCAAUUGAUCCAAUCCAAGAAAAUUAUGUCCGUAAUGUGAGAAACUGCAUUUUUUCCAUUGUCUAUCCCACACCUUUUAAAUCCAGAGUGCUUCUUGUGGCUGUUUCAGAGGAAGUUAUUGAAGAUAUUUUGGAUCUUCAUCUAUCUGUCAAAGACACAUCUGACUUUCUUCAGUUUGUCAGUGGUGAGAAAGUCUUACAUGGGUCCGUUCCAUUGGCCCAUAGAUACGGAGGCCAUCAGUUUGGCAGCUGGGCAGGUCAGCUGGGUGACGGAAGAGCCCACUUGGUCGGAGUGUACACGAACAGGCGCGGUGAGAGGUGGGAACUACAGUUGAAGGGCUCGGGAAAGACCCCAUAUUCCCGGAAUGGUGAUGGUAGAGCUGUACUUCGCUCUUCGGUGCGUGAAUUUCUCUGUAGUGAAGCUAUGCAUUAUCUUGGAAUUCCAACAAGCAGAGCUGCCAGCUUAGUUGUAAGUGAUGAUGAUGUGUGGAGAGAUCAGUUUUACAAUGGAAAUAUUAAGAAAGAGAGAGGUGCAAUAGUCCUCCGUCUUGCCAAAUCAUGGUUUCGUAUAGGAUCCUUAGAAAUCCUGGCUCACUCUGGGGAACUGGACUUACUAAGGAGAUUGCUGGACUUUAUCAUCCAGGAACAUUUUCCAUCAAUAGUCCCCAGUGAUUCAGAUGCGUAUCUGGAAUUUUUCUCUACAGUUGUAUCAGAGACAGCAAGUUUGAUUGCAUUGUGGAUGUCUGUGGGUUUUGCACAUGGUGUGUGCAAUACAGAUAACUUCAGUUUGCUAUCCAUAACCAUAGAUUAUGGACCGUUUGGAUUUAUGGACUCCUAUGACCCAAAUUUUGUUCCAAACACUUCUGAUGAUGAUGGGAGGUAUAAGAUAGGAAACCAGGCAAAUGUUGGGCUGUUUAAUCUGAACAAGCUGUUACAAGCUCUGAAACCAUUACUGGAUCCCAGGCAAAAACAGCUAGCUUCCCAGAUUUUGGAAGAGUAUGGUCAAACCUAUUAUGUCCGUUUUACAGAAUUGUUCAAAAGAAAACUGGGGCUUCUUGGAGCCAGCAAGGAUGAUAAUUAUUUGAUUGCUUUCCUUCUCAAACUCAUGGAAGAUACAAAGGCUGAUUUCACAAUGACAUUCCGACAGCUCAGUGAAAUUACUGCAGACCAAUUAAGGGAGCUUCAUAUUCCUGAGGAAUUCUGGGCUCUGCGGGAUCUGGGGAAACACGGGUUGUUUUCAGAGUGGGUUGCAAUGUACCUGUUGCGGUUAGAUGGGAACAAGGAUGAUUCAGACAUCAAGAGAAGAAGAAGAAUGAUGGCUGUUAAUCCGAGAUACGUGCUUAGGAAUUGGAUGGCAGAAUCAGCAGUGCAGAAAGCUAACCUGAAUGAUUUUUCAGAGGUUCAGCUCCUGCAGCAGGUCUUACAGCGUCCCUUCCAGAAGCAGCGGGCUGCAGAGAAAGCAGGUUAUGCUCUGCGCCCGCCUGCUUGGGCCCGGGGCCUUAAAGUGAGCUGCUCAUCCUGAGGGAAACUGGAACAAGCAGAACAGCUGUUGGCAUUCAGACCUUGUGGUGGGAGUGUGGAAGCAAGCCUUACUAUGGGAGGUUCACACCCUCAUGCAUUAUGGACUGGAAUCUGCUGCUCCGCUAAACAACUUCUUGACCAACUUUAUAAAGUCUAAAGAUUAAAGAAAUGGACCACUAUGUAUGUUUGCAUCAACAAAUUACAUCGGUGUUUGUGACUGUCUUGGGAGUGACCCAAAGUACCUUUGCCAGAAUCAGGUGUGUGCUAAGCCUGCCUCUAUGUUCUUGUUCUCUGUUCUUCUCUUCUUUCUUCAUACAAAAGAGAGGUUAUAGGUGCACAGAUAUAACAACUCAGGGAAUGUUCACAGGCAGCACAUGGGAAUGGGCUUCCUUGCAAGUAUCCCCUAUUAAUGUAUUUUCAGGUCUAUGUACCUUUUGUAUUCAGCUUCCUGAUGGUCUGACAAACGAUUUCCAAGCUGUUAAUUUGUAGCAUACCUUGGAUUGUAACCCAGCAGGUUUUAGUCCAGUGUCAUUUUGACACUGCAAUUCCAGAUCAUGAAACUAAGCAUAUAAUUAAAACAAAAUUAACACAGAA